AUGAAAUCGCGGCGGCUGAACGUCUCGGAGGAUCCUCGAACCAUCCUUGGAAAGCACUCACGAGUACCUACUUCAAACUCAACUAAUGCUCUAGAAAACUCAGAAGUACCGGUCCCAAUUGAUGUCAUGAUGGACAUAUUCUCUAGAUUAUCGGCAAAAUCUAUAGCCAGAUGUAGCUGCGUAUCGAAGCUCUGGUUUUCCAUACUUAGACUUCCCUAUUUCACCGAGUUGUGCCUGACCAAAUCUUCUGCUCGACCGAAGCUAUUGUUCGCUUGCGUGAGACACAGAGAGCUGAUCGUCUUCCUGACACCUCAGCCUCAACAUUCAUAUGAGAGAUCGUCUCGUUUAGCUGCCACUUUUCAUAUGAAAAUUCCCUGCGGUGAUUUUUGUGAUAUUAUUAGUCCUAUCCAUGGCCUUGUCUUUGUUCGAGAUGUGCAGAAGUUCAAGUUGGUCUCGGUGAUAUGUAACCCUACCACCAGACAAACCUUAACUUUACCGAAACCAAAGACAAAGAAGAGGUUAUAUAUAAGUAGCUAUUUUGGGUAUGAUCCGAUGGAGAAACAAUUCAAGGUACUUUUAAUGACCGAAAGAGAUGGGAUUUCUGAUGAGCAUCAAGUUCUAACAUUAUUAGGAACUAAGAAACUUUCAUGGAGCAUGAUCGAAUGUUGCAUACCUCAUUUUCCUAGAUUUGAUGGGAUAUGCAUUAAUGGUGUUUUGUAUUACCGAGCUUCUGUCGACAUAUAUUCAAAUAUGUCUAUGAUAGUUUGCUUUGAUGUUAAGUCAGAGACGUUCAGCUUUAUCAAAGUUAUGGAACCUUUCAUCAAUGCAGUGGCUAGUGGAGCAACUCUGAUUAACUACAAUGGUAAAUUGGGUUCAGUUCUGUCGGAAGGGCGUCCUUACAUUUGUGGAAGAGAUAGACGGUUUGAGAUGUGGAUACUAAAAGACUCUGAUAAACACGAAUGGUCCAAGUUUGUUUACGAAAUGCCUCCUCGGUGGCAGCAUAUAAGCGAACGUAAAGUUUUUCGUUUUAUUGGGGUCAUUGGUACUACAAAUGAAAUUGUGUUGUCGUCGAGUCGUCCGCCCGACCGUUGCUAUGUUUUAUACUACAGUUUGGAGAGGAAAACUAUCAUCAGAGUAGUUGAAAUCCAAGGGAUGGGAGCGAUUAAGAGAAAUGGGGUUAUUAUGUUUUUAGACCAUGUAGAGGACGUGAGACUUACGUAA